CUAUAAAGUAUAAUGCCUAGGUUUGGAGAUAAAGAGAAAGGUGAUGGGAAUAAGGCUCUAAGAAUCACCAAGACACCAUGCAAUUCAGCUGCAAAUUCUCUUGAUGUGAAUUCCUCAUUGGAUCCGGAUAUUGUGUUUGUUGAGAAGGAUGUCUUGACACCCCAGAAGGUCGCUGAUCAUCUAUCUACCACCGUCCAGGGUGAGAUGGGUGAAUGCCCAGUAAGAGCCAUGCCUGACAGUGUCAUGCUACAGAUACUGGGAUACCUGUCUGUCAAGGAUGUCUGUAGAGCCGCCUGUGUCUGUAGAGGCUGGAAUCAUCUUGUGAGAGAGAAACCAAUAUGGAGAGUAGUAGAUCUUUCACCAUACAAGAUUAAUCUAGUCAACCUACGUAAGCUAGUCUUUGCUUACUUCAGUGACUCCCUACGUAAACUCAGUCUUGGGGGUUUCCUUUCAUCUGUCAAGAAUACAGAGUGUAUCUCCGAUUCCUUGCUGCAAGAGCUUGGAAACCGCUGCCCAAAGCUACAAGAACUGUGCAUCACAAGAGCAGAUUUGUCCAAGGCAAGCUCAUCUAACCUGCCUUCAAAGUUGCUGACUUUGAAGUUGAUAUCAUGCAACUAUCCAACAUUCUGGCUGACAGCAGCAUUCAAACAGUCCAAACUUGAUUCCCUGCGACAUCUAGACAUGACAGGCUCUAAUGGUUUUGGCUUUCGUGACUUGGAAUCCAUCACACCAGCACCCAUGACAUCUGUUCUAGCCCUCAAGUUAAGGAGCUGCUAUCGCAUUUCCUCCCGGGGGGCAUGUCGCAUAGCAGAUAACUUGCCCAACCUGCAGGAGCUAGACCUUAGCAAGGUGGCACUGACCAAUGAAGCUCUGCAGAAGAUCGGAAGCAACCUGACACACUUGAAAAUCCUCAACCUGCAUCAGUGCACCAAUAGUGAGAAUGUCCUCUUUGAUCUACACCAUCUGUCUCCUCUGAAGCACCUGGAGGAACUUGAUGUCACUACUGAUCCAGAUAACAGUCUAGGCUCUCAUUCAACAACCUUUGAUGGUAAUGUUCUUGUAGGGUUGGUCAAUACUCUAACUAAACUGAAGAGUCUGUUGGUGUCCAAGAAUGAACACUUUACGGAAGAUCUUGUACAGAGGGUGAAAAAUGGUUGCGUUAUGCCUCCAGGAGAAAGUGAUGCUAAGUCUGUGUGGAAGAUUGGUUUCUACCCACAGGACAAGUUGAUCAAAGUAGCUCAACAACAAGCCCAUUGACAUUCCUUCUCUUUCUGAAGAUGAAUUCGACUAAUUCAUAACUAUGUUUUGUAAAAUGUGAGAAAUUGAUAUACAUGUAUAACAUUUGGUUCACAAUCAAAAUUAUGCAGCUGUCAUGUGUAAUUAUUGGCAAAUAUUUUGAAAAACAGUUUUACAUUCUCUUUCUCUUCUUGUGUUCACAAGUGAAUAAAUAGUCCUGAUAUCAUGAAGUUUAUUUCAUUUUACUUUAUAAGUAAACAGUGUGAUCACUGUGAUGAGUCAAUGUCACCACAAAACCUGGACAAAAUUACCAGAUAUCUUUUUUUUCUUGUUUAUAAUCUAUAAUUUCUUUGUUUUUUGUUGAGAUAUAUUAUACAAUAAAAGUGAAUAUUAUAAGGAAAUAACGUAACAACAGCUGUAGCAACUCUCAUGGAAGUAAAGCACUAUGAUUUCAAGCAUUAUUCUCUCGUUUCCUUUAGCAUCAUAUAUGCCAAUUUUCAUAAUAGUUCUGACGUAACGGUAAUGUGAUGUGGUAAGAAUAGCUAUCAAGGAGAAACUCAGACUUGAAUUUUGGUAACAUAAAGGUAGAGUUAAUUCUGAAGCAUUAGUGAAAAUGUAAGUGCCUAGUCUUUCAAGCAGUGUAGCUUUAUGUAUGAUCCAAUACAAAAUGUACAAGAAAUUCCUUUUGAAUGAUUCAGGAGUGUAAUAAUAUAUGUACAUCUAUUAUCUUGAUUCCUAAUAUGGUCAUCCAUCAAAUUCUCUUGCCCAUCUAUUUCCUUCAAUUUUCUCUCUUGCUCAAUCUCUCUCUCUCUCUCUCUCUCUCUCUCUCUCUUAUUCUUGCACUUCCUUGCCCUUCUCUCAUUCCAUUUCUUUAUUUAAUUUUUCAUUCCAUUGUCGCCGUUGUACCGUCUAAGCUAUCUUUUUUGUGCCAAACACCCAAUAUCGGGGUUGUACCGUAUUCCCCCCCCCCCCUUCAAUUUUUAGAGGGUAAAGUAACUUAUAAUUUUCUUGUUUCAAAUGUAGGGAUGAAAUUUCCAAGAUUUUAAUCUUUCAUUUGUCCCAUUUUUAAACCAAGCUUUAUUUGUAUUUAUUGUCAUGAUGUUUGUAAUUUUUUAUAUUUUUGUAUUUUUAUGUUGUUUUAAAGAGUGAAUAAAUUGAAUUGAAUUCUCUUUUAUUGGAACUAACUACCGGUAUGUGAAAAAAAAUAUAGAAGACUUCUUUAUUUGUCUAUAAUAUGAUCAUUGAUGAAGCUGAAUUAUGGUAAUAAUGAAAUUGCUAAAUAUAUGUAGACAUUGACAGAUACUGAGUUGUAGUGCUUAUUCUGAAAUAUAUAUUUGAAUUUGAAUUCUAUGCAGUAUACACUGUAUAUAUGGUUUUCUCUGACAUGGUAUUCUGUAAACAGUGUAAUCUUUGAAGUUUUAGUAUGAACAGGUUAUUUGUUAACUUGUGACAAAUACAAUCCCUUCACACAAAUAGCACUAGAUAAAAUGAUUCUUAGAAUACCAUCUCUGAUUUGUAUGUACAUUUAGAUUUAUAUUU